AUCUGGCUCCAGAUGCCUUCCUUGCCUGCUCCUUGGAACAAGUCCCAAAGCUGAAACCUUCCCCUCCUUGCCCCUACCAUGUAGAGGAGGCAGGAAGCCAAAGGCCCCUCCCCUCUGCCCCUAGGAGCCAAAGGGGUUCUCACCGGGACUGAUCAUGAUGCUUUCGGGGAUCCUCCCUGCGCUCCCUCCCACGCUGCUGCUGGUCCAGGCCCUGCUGAGCCCAGGCCAGGGGGAGCUGGCCCCACAGAUCGAUGGGCAGACGUGGGCGGAGCGGGCCCUGAGGGAGAAUGAGCACUGCGCCUUCACCUGCCAGGUGGAAGGCGGGCACGACCCCCCGAGGCUGGCCUGGUACCUGGAUGGACAAUUGCAGGAAGCCAACACUUCCAGGCUGCUAAGUGUGGGGGGGGAGGCCUUCACAGGCAGCACGAGCACUUUCACAAUCACUGCGCAGAGGGCCCAGCAUGAGUUGAACUGCUCCUUGCAGGACCCAGACACCAGGAGGGUGACCAAUGCCUCCGUCAUUCUUAACGUGCAGUUCAAGCCGGAGAUUGCCCAGGUUGGGGCCAAGUACCAGGAAGCCCAGGGCCCCGGGCUCCUGGUUGUGCUGUUUGCCCUGGUGCGGGCCAACCCCCCUGCCAAUGUCACAUGGAUUGACCAGGAUGGCCCCGUGACUGUCAACACUUCUGACUUCCUGGUUCUGGAUGCUCAGAGCUACCCCUGGCUCACCAACCACACGGUGCAGCUCCAGCUCCACAGUCGGGCCCAAAACCUCUCUGUGGUGGCCACCAAUGGGCUGGGGGUCACGAGCUCUUCUCUCCCAGCCCCGGGGCUCCUGGCCGCUCGGGUGGAAGUGCCGAUGCUGGGCCUUGUGGCGGCCGGAGCCCUGGCGCUGGGCACCCUGGUGGGCUUCGGCACCCUGGUGGCCUGUCUGGUUUGCAGAAAGGACAAAAAGACUACAGGCACUUCUCGGAGACCGUCUCUCCUUUCCAGUGACUCCAACAACCUGAAACUCAACAAUGUGCGACUGCCCCGGGAAAACAUGUCUCUGCCCUCCAACCUGCAACUCAACGAUCUCACCCCCAACUCCAGAGCCAAAGCUGCUGAUGGACAGAUACCACAGAACCCCAGGAGGCCUGACAUCCUGGAUCCUGAGAACGGUGUCCUUUUCACCAGCCAAGGUUUUGUGCAUCUUCCAAUGCUGGGCUACAUCUAUCGGGCCUCCAGUAUGAGCAGCGAUGAGAUCUGGCUGUGAGCGGGAGGGAAAUCCCUUUGUCCUUCCCAGCACCCUUUGCUGCCCUCCUGAGCCCCCUUCCCCGCCUGGCUGGGGAGGUCAUUUUUGUUGUCCGUGGGAGUUUGACUGGGAUCACCGAAAACCUCCAACUAGGCUCAGACUCUCUUAGGCCUGGGGCUGGAGACCUGGUCGUUUCCUUUUAACUCAGGUCUGUCCCCAGGCUUGGGUAACGACGCAGGGAAUGCCCAAGCUGAAUGCAGCUGUGCUUCCAGAGCCCGUAGCUGCCCGGAGAGGACAUCUUGAAACCAUACCCUUGCGCUUCCUUAGCACUUUAUACAAUGGACAGGGAGCAUGCUGAAUGCUGACCCGGUGGGGAGAGAGAAGGCUGCAUGACCUGAGCAGUGCCCUCCGCUCCUCUUCUAACUCUCCCUGCCUCAGGCCUUCCAGGAAGAGUCCCAACCAUCCCUUCUGGAGGGCACGUUAUUGGGCUAAGCCAAGCACAACCUUCUCUCUGAGCCUGCCUCGAACUCCUCCUGGAUAGAGCCGGCUUUCCUUACCUCCCUGAAGAGCCCGUUUGGGGCAUCAGCAAAAGUUAGGGAGAAAAGGAGGGAGGGAAACCUAGUAAUGCCCCCUGGGGGGCACACAGACACGCACCUGUCCUUGCAACGAUUUCAACACUUUAAGAGUUCCCACAGAGAAGGGCGCAGCUAAGAGCCCACAGGGCUUCUGCUUUGUCUCAGAUGUUUCCCCUGCAUUUGAGGCAUUCUAAAAAUUCACUGUGAGUGCCCUGGGUCCAAUAGGCCUAGGGUUUCCCUGGUCAAAACUGUGUUCUGCCUCCUCUUAUUCUUCUGUUCUACUUACCCACCUCCCGCAGCCCUCCUUUGGCAGCAAUAAACCAGGCUAGCCUUGU